CACCACCUUAUUCUUCACGUCACCAUCAACACAUCCAAUUCCUCUUUACUCUCUCUCACUCUGUACCAAAACUACAAGAACAUCUACAUUAACUCAAUUGAUCUCACUAUCCUCAUACAACAAUACAAUGGCAACCCAAAUUACGCCGUCGAAGAAGACAGCGUCUUCCCUCGAGAACUUGAAGAUGAACGACUCUCCAGCUAAGAAGCUUGACUUCGCCGCUGUUGGAAAAGAGAACCUCCCAUUCGACGCCCAAGCACCAGUCGAUGACGUCGUCGAGACCAAGAAGCCAAUCGUGGCAGAGGCCGAUUUGAGCUUGAUCGCACCUACAAUUAAGCCAGAGGAAGCCGAUGAGCCACUGCUUCAGUCAAACCCGAACAGAUUCGUCCUGUUCCCAAUCAAGUACCACGAGAUCUGGCAGAUGUACAAGAAGGCGGAAGCAUCUUUCUGGACAGCAGAGGAGAUUGAUCUCUCCAAGGACCUUCACGACUGGAACAACCGCCUCAAUGACGAUGAGCGCUACUUCAUCUCCCACGUUCUCGCUUUCUUCGCCGCGUCCGAUGGAAUUGUCAACGAGAACCUCCUCGAGCGCUUCAGCAGCGAGGUCCAGAUCCCAGAAGCCCGCUGCUUCUACGGUUUCCAAAUCAUGAUCGAGAACAUUCACGCCGAGACAUACUCCCUCCUCAUCGACACAUACAUCAAGGAGCAGGCUCAACGCACAUACCUCUUCAAUGCCAUCGAGACCAUUCCUUGUAUCAAGAAGAAGGCCGACUGGGCAGUUAGGUGGAUCCAAGAUAAGGAUUCUACCUUUGCUCAGCGUCUCGUUGCCUUCGCUGCUGUCGAGGGUAUCUUCUUCUCCGGCUCCUUCGCCUCCAUUUUCUGGCUCAAGAAGCGUGGCCUCAUGGCUGGCCUGACCUUCUCGAACGAGCUCAUCUCCCGUGAUGAGGGUCUCCACACCGACUUCGCCUGCCUCCUCUUCUCCCACCUUAGACACCGCCCAAGCAAGCAGGCCGUCCAAGACGUCAUUACCGAGGCUGUCAGCAUCGAGCAAGAGUUCUUGACUGAGGCACUUCCCUGUGCGCUGCUCGGCAUGAACGCCAACUUGAUGAAGCAAUACAUUGAGUUCGUCGCCGACAGGCUGCUGCUCUCCCUCGGUAACGAGAAGUACUACAAGUCGACCAACCCAUUCGACUUCAUGGAGAACAUCUCCCUGGCAGGAAAGACCAACUUCUUCGAGAAGCGCGUCGCCGACUACCAAAAGACUGGUGUCAUGGCAUCUACGGUCAAGAAGCACGAGGAUACCGCUGCACAGAUCGAGUCGAAAGCAGAGAAUGGCGGAGACUUCAACUUCGAUGAAGACUUCUAGAUGCUCCACAUUCUUUGGUUCGUCUCUUAUCAUGUAUUUAUGCGAAUGGUUCCAUCGGCGUUGCUUUUGCUUUAAAUUGACCUGAAAGGUUGUACAACUUGGCACGGGUAGCUCUGUUGUGGUGGGUGGGUGUCUUGAACAUAUUUUUUCUUUCAUAUACCUGGCAUAGAAUGCUAGCGGGCUCGGCCGUUAAUCAUCAGGAGAUCACUCUUCUCAUUGUGGAGUUUUGGGAGUUGUUUUGUAACAUGUGGAUAGGAUUGGAAAGGGGUAUGGCUAUGCCACGAAAUGUGGCAUGAAACAAUAAGAUAGGAUUAAGUAGUUGAAUAAGUUAUAUCAAAACUACUUUCGUG